AUGGCUCCUCCAGCACCAUCAUUAGUUUUACAGGACGCAAUACACGACACACCCACCGAAACACGCGUCCUAUCAACCUCAGCCAUCUUAAAAAACAGAGCCGAAAAAGCGGCCCUGCGACGGUCUAUACAAUCCCAAUACUCGGUUACCUCAACCAAUUCGACUCACAGCCAACGAUACAGCCUAGCCAGUAGUAUUGGAAGUGUAGACAAUACCCAACGUCGAUGGUCAGCAGAAUCCGGCACUUUCGAUUACGUUCCCCAAUUGUCACCCACAGGAACCUCUUUCUCCUCGCUCUCCCCUUCAUCCCGCCUACUCUUGUCGGGUGCAACCAGCUCUGAAAGCUUCCGCCACCAGGAACUCAGCCGUUUCCUUCCUCAACGCCACACCAAGGCCUAUUCCGACCCUUCGCCAAAAAUGCCUUCUGUUGCUCUGACCCUUACGCUGGCCAAUAAUGCCGAAUCCUCCACAGACAACAGCAACCACCAUAGCAGCCCUACCAACAACAAUAUCAACACUAUGAACAACGAAAUCAGUAGGAUACUCACCACAACAGAAGCCCCACUGCUUGACCCUUGGUGUAUGUGUGUCAAGACCGCUCUUGAGAACGUUAUUUGUCAUGCCUGGCUCCAAAAGUACGAAUCAUCUACAUUCGCUUUCGUGCGUACCUGGAAACGCCGCUAUGUUGUGUUGGUCGACAAGACCGUCCAUAUCUUCAAAUCACCAAAGCCAACAAACCCUUCCAAAGAACACUUCUUGCUCACCGAAGACACCUUUGUAUUCGUCACCGAGGAAUUCAAAAAGGGAUAUGUGCUCGAGCUACGAAAGCCGCUCUGCAAGUGGUAUCUACGAUGCGAAUCAGUUGCACAGAUGAAAAUCUGGUUGGAGGCAAUGAAAAAGAUUGUGGCUUGUGUCAAGCUAGGCCAUCAGGGCCAAAUGACUGCCGGUCUGCUGUCCCAUCUUGAGUUGGUCGAUAACUUUCGGUUACUUGCGAUUAAGCCCGAUAGCAACAACACCAAAGACGAAAGAUCUGCUGACAGGGACGACCAACAGACAGCUGCUGUUAUUAUUAGCAGGAGCAAGAGUGGCAGUAGUAACAGCAGAGGAGGUAGUGUCCAUAACAACAGUGGCGCUGGUGAUCAGUACUCAUGUACACUUGCACGAGAUCAUCUUCCGGGUGAUAUUGUCCCAAACAAACGCUGGAAAGAGGCCCGGUCUCGCAGUAUACAAACCGCCCUGUCCACAAACCGCCUAUCUUCGUCUUUCUUCCCUACCCCAAAAAGACAAUCGCUUGCCCAGAUUCCUGGUUGGGAGGCAACACUUCCGCCUCAAAUGCCCCCGCCACAAUCCACACCCCCACCUCCACCUGUUCCACAGCUACCAGCUGUGUCUGAAGUAUAA